UGCUAUAAAAAAUAAAUAAAUAAAUAAAUAAAUUAUUGAAAGAAAUUAAUCAGCAUGUUUCAACUUGAAAGUAGGUAUUCACUUCCUGAAAGCCAAGAUCAAGACCAAGAUUGCCCAUUGAACGCAGCGCCCCCUUGUGGUUAGUUCUCUCAGCAGCUCGGCAAAAGUCACUGCCUGCACUCUGCACAAUGACUGAACCCACCAACCAACCCUUUUGUUCACCAUUUCAAAGUCACAGCUGCUCGGGGGAAGAGAUCUGCAAUUGUUCAACCAACAGUGGAACACUUGGAACACACAGAAGGGCAGGAAAGCAACACACGGUAUCAUAGUCAUAAUUAACGUGACCAAAUGUAAUACUGCACACACAUUAAGCUCAGGGAAACUGUGGAGGUUGUUUUUCUUUUUUUCUAAAUAUAUCUUGCCAAAUUAUAGGGGUGUCUUGUACACCGGUGUGUUUUAUAUGGCGGGAAAUACGGUAUCUACCAUCCAACCUUAUCACGGAGGCUGGGACUUGACUCUCUCCUUGACAAGGCAGCAGAAAAUAUCGUGUUAGCAGAAGACACCUUGUUAGCUAUGGAAUAAUGGCUUAACCCUUCCGCUGCGAUUGGCACGGAUUUCGCCUUCUCUGGUAGCCUGGUAACACAUACAGUCCCAGGUCUUUCUCUGCCUCUGUGGUGGGUAGUGGUGUUUCCCAUGUGGUAUUGGUGUGCUGGAUAUCCCUUCACUGGUAGCCUGGUAACAUACAGUCCCAGGUCUUUCUCUGCCUCUGUGGUGGAUAGUGGAGUGUUUCCCAUGUGGUAUUGGUGUGCUGGAUAUCCCUUCACUGGUAGCCUGGUAACAUACACUCCCAGGUCUUUCUCUGCCUCUGUGGUGGAUAGUGGAGUGUUUCCCAUGUGGUAUUGGUGUGCUGGAUAUCCCUUCACUGGUAGCCUGGUAACAUACACUCCCAGGUCUUUCUCUGUGGUGGAUAGUGGAGUGUUUCCCAUGUGGUAUUGGUGUGCUGGAUAUCCCUUCACUGGUAGCCUGGUAACAUACAGUCCCAGGUCUUUCUCUGCCUCUGUGGUGGAUAGUGGAGUGUUUCCCAUGUGGUAUUGGUGUGCUGGAUAUCCCUUCACUGGUAGCCUGGUAACAUACACUCCCAGGUCUUUCUCUGCCUCUGUGGUGGAUAGUGGAGUGUUUCCCAUGUGGUAUUGGUGUGCUGGAUAUCCCUUCUCUGGUAGCCUGGUAACAUACACUCCCAUGUCUUUCUCUGCCUCUGUGGUGGAUAGUGGAGUGUUUCCCAUGUGGUAUUGGUGUGCUGGAUAUCCCUUCACUGGUAGCCUGGUAACAUACACUCCCAGGUCUUUCUCUGCCUCUGUGGUGGAUAGUGGAGUGUUUCCCAUGUGGUAUUGGUGUGCUGGAUAUCCCUUCACUGGUAGCCUGGUAACAUACAGUCCCAGGUCUUUCUCUGCCUCUGUGGUGGAUAGUGGAGUGUUUCCCAUGUGGUAUUGGUGUGCUGGAUAUCCCCUCCCAAGGUGCAGGACUUUACAUUUUUCUUCAUUGAAUUGUAGCAGACACUUUUUGUUCCGUUCCUGUAACUUGGUGAGGUCUUCUGGUAGGAAAUUUGCAGUCAAAGGGUUAAGUAGGCCUAAGUAGGAUCUUGCCUAAGACUUCUAAAAUGCCAUUUCUUAUCAUAAUUUCAUGUCAGGUGAGAUCAAAGUUGGAUCCUUUCAAGUAACAGAUUAUUUGUUAGACGGAGCCAGCGUUGCCAAAUUAUCGUACUCAUCGCACUGUAUUGUCGUAGUUCCUGACCGAUAACAAAAAGCAUCAAUAAAUAACAGUUUUAACGCUAACUUUCAUGUGCUAUCGUUGUGUGUGUGGUUGCGGUAGUCUUCGGGCCUAAAAAUGAUAAAUGAAAUCUUCAGAGUACGACAAUUGGCAACGCUGGACAGAGGAGGCAUCUGGGCGCAUCCUGGACGGUGUUUGGCUGCCAGUAUCUUGACCCAGCCGUCAGACUUGCACCGCGGUCAUGUGUGCACAGGGAUGUUUUGGUCUGGCAGCAGUAUAGCCCACUUGAACCCCUCCUAUUACUACUUUUUUACAGUGGAAAUGACAUGACUCAAUAUUAAGUGAACAUGAGCAAUAUGAAACCCAUUUUUAACCUCUUCACUACGGGCUGCCAAAUCACGCGCCCUUCCCAUAUCCGAGCACUAUACCCGAGAGGAAAUAAAGCACACACUGGCUGAAAUGACCAUGACGAGAGACCAAAUGACGCGUAAACUGUGUCAUCGGAUGCAAGGGGUUAAAAAGUUAAGAGGUAUUUGGCGUGAUGAUUGAUCCGAGCUUUGGAAAUGUAGGUUAUGUUGCACACCACUGUACCAAUGAUGGGACCCCACUCUGGGCUCUCACGCCUGGCUUGCACGCUUCCAUCAACACAUCCAUCAUCUUACCCAUAACAGCCAACUCUUACAACUACUCACAGAGGCAAAACUAUUACACAGUACGACAGACUCCACUUUAAACCACACAGCCAGAAAACCUGAGCGUCACAACCACAGACAAUAAGAAUAUUUCACCAAGCGUUGUUUCACCCACAAUGCGUGUGUCGUCUGUGACUCCUAAUCUAAAUACAUACAAGGUCAAGUGUUGAGUGGCAUGCAAAUGUUUACUGCAUUAGUCUGCAUAAUAUGACCAUUCCUGCAGUGUCUUUGGUGUCUGUUGCUGUUUACAUGUCAGGGAGGAGUCGCAGAUGACUCUUGAUGCAUGGUGUUAUUGCCUCUUCUUAAGUGUGGCCAGGCAACCCACCAGCUCAAAAGUUCUCACACUCCAUGGUUUAACCCUUUCGCUACUAAAUGCUCACAGCGGGGACCAGCGUAACUUGCCAGUGCUGCUAAAUGCUCACAGCGGGGACCAGCGUAACUUGCCGGUGGUGCUAAAUGCUCACAGCGGGGACCAGCGUAACUUGCCGGUGGUGCUAAAUGCUCACAGCGGGGACCAGCGUAACUUGCCGGUGGUGCUAAAUGCUCACAGCGGGGACCAGCGUAACUUGCCGGUGCUGCUAAAUGCUCACAGCGGGGACCAGCGUAACUUGCCGGUGGUGCUAAAUGCUCACAGCGGGGACCAGCGUAACUUGCCGGUGCUGCUAAAUGCUCACAGCGGGGACCAGCGUAACUUGCCAGUGGU